UUUGAAGUCUAUUUUCAUAAUUGAGUGGUCUCUGUUCGAGAGGAGAGAGUAAUAAUCCAGAAAUCGAUCUGGAGCGAGCAGUGGUCUGUAAACUCGAGCUCUGAGAGUGCUGAAGCUGUUUGGUGGAUAUCUCGAGUUAUACCAAUCCAAUUAAGGCGUGUGAGAUACCAAAAGAAAGCUCUCAAGACGAGGAAUCCGUGAAGGUCUGGUUUGCAUCAAUCGGAGUAGUGGAAGGCUUCCAAAUCGUCCGAGAAAAACACAACCUCGCAGAAACGGAUCUACUCUUCUAAAGAAACGUGUUCACCGGAAAACACCCAUUCUAGGGGCUGUUUUCGUACCAACGUUUAGGGGUUGAGCUAGCGCUUUGAAGAGGCUGUUUAACACCCAUAUUUGAGCAAGGAAUCAGUUCCAAAUCCACCUUGACCAAAGUCUUGACCAUUGGACCAAGAAGGGAUAGUUUAAAGCUCAAUUGAGUUUCAGGUAGAACUUGAAGGUUGCUACCACUGCCCGUUGCUUCGGGAAGAUCAAAGGAGGGAGACGUGGUUCGUGCUUCUUCCGUUCCUGUUUUGAAAACAUUUUAAAUGAUGCUCAUGGAUAUUAUUUUUUUUUAAAUAUUUAUUUGGGGGCUUGUAUGCCCAUGUUUGCCAAGGUGUGGCAUGAACACUUGUAUUGAAUGUUUCCGCUGCUUUAAAUGAAUAUUUUACAUUAUGUUUGUUUAUGGAUGUACUAUGUGUGAACGAUAUUCCAGACGCCUUGUAUAGUAUGGAUGUGUUGGACUGCGGUUGACUAUUCGUACUGUACGGCGGGUUGUUGACGUGUCCGGUUAGGUCCGGGGCGUGACAAUUUAAUUGGUAUCAAAGCCUUAGUCCGUAAACUUCAUAAUGAAGCUUCAAAAUCCCUUUUGAAAAUGAUUUUGAAAACCAUGAGCAUAAAAGUUUUGCACUUAUAGAACUUUUGGUACUUGAGUUGCAGUGUCUCUAAUUGUUAAGAUGGUACCCUUAACAAUUGGUAUGACGGUGAUUUGAGCCAAAGGAUGUCUUUAAGUGCCUAUCCGUCACUUGACAUUGAUACGAGUCUAAUGGCUCAUUCUCAAUUUCUUUCAGAAAUGGAACGUACCGGGAAAGUUACUCGACGGAACCCGACUGGCCAGGCACCGGGAAGGUCCCAACGUGGCAGUCGGGGAGCAUCGAGGAUGUCCGGGGGACAAGGUCGUGCAGGCCACUCGCUGACCGUGAGUGACGGCCAUGUUGAGACGAUUGACGAGCAUUAUGAAUCCGAGGAGGAUUCAACUUACCGGCCGGGAACUGAGCCGGUUGAAACCCCAUAUGAUGGAGGGGACGAUGACGUUAGCGAAGAGAGCGAUGAUAAUGACGCUCUCGAGAGGAUUGAGGAAUUGCUUCGGCAAUACCAACAAGAUCGCCAAAGGCGCCGGGCAAGGCGUGCCUCGGGAGGGGCUUCGAGAAGAGGGAGCCGUGUUAGCUCUUGGGAACAUGAGGAGUCCCGAGGAGGAAGAGGUACCGAGGUUCCCAUCAUAAGAAUCUCGAAAUACCUCAAAGAGGCGAGAGAGUUGGGAUGCAAACCAUUCGAUGGAAUGGGAGACAUCUCCGUGGCAGCCGAAUGGAUCAAAAGAUUCAAUGAAGCGGCCCUUGAUAUGCAGCUGCCACCCCAUAUGAAGAUGAGAGUGGCAACAAGAUUGCUAGAAGGAAUGGCGUCCACAUGGUGGGACGGUGUCAAGGGGAAGUAUGGUGAGGCAGUCACUUGGGAGAACUUCAGGCAAGAAUUCUUUAGCCAAUACUACUCCGACUUCGAGGUGAACUUGAAGAGGAGGGAGUACACGAAUUUGACCCAAGGAGGGGAAUGCACGGUGAAGGAACUUGAGCACAAAUUCAGAAAGCUUGCCGAGUUCAUACCGGAGUACAUUUGUGAUGAAAAUCGGAUGGUGAACCAUUUCUGGGACGCCUUGGACCUUGAUAUACGUGAGAGGGCAACACAAUUGCCUAAUAUGACGUUUAGCCAAGUGGUCGAACAAGGCUUGAAGGGGGAGAAGGAAUGGGAGGAAAGGAAGCGAAGAAAUGUCGAGGAGGCAAGGAAAAGAAAAUGGGAGAACCAUGGCACCCAGGGUUCAAACAAGAAGGGGAAUCACGGGGGAGGAGGAUCCUUCAGGGCACCCGCACCACCAUCAAGGGGGAAUCCCAACAUGGGUGGGCAAAACUCGGGGUCACAAGCCUCGAGGAAGCCUAAGUGCAGGAAUUGCAAGAGAAAUCACGAGGGCAACUGUCGUGAUCCCCCACGGUGCUACAAAUGCGGAGAUACGGGGCACAUAAAGCCCAAUUGCCCUCAGCUUGGUGGGAACCGGUCAUCAGGACCAAGCAAUGCCACCACGGUGAGUAGAAACCGGGGUGGGGCACCAAAUGCAAGCACGAACCACGGCGGGGCAAGUACAAGCAACGCACCCUCCGUGAACCAAGGAAGGACUCAAGCGAGAGAGUACGCAAUGACCGAGGCCGAUGCUCGGGCUAAUCCCGACUCCGUCGCAGGUAAUACACUUAUUCUGGUCAUUUCUAGGCUUACUUUGAUCAUAUGCGUCGUUGGGAUUGAGUGCGGGCCACCCCGGGGUCAAACCGGGCAAGUUAGGCCAAAUCGGCUGGGAAACAGCCACUGCCGGCCAGGCACGGCCGCAGGCACGCCGUGCGUGGCACCGUGCCUGGAAGGCAGUGGCGCACCGAAGGAGGUUUGGCCAGGCACGGCCACAGGCACGCCGUGCGUGGCACCGUGCCUGGAAGGCAGUGUCGCCCCGAAGAAAAUUUGGCCAGGCACGGCCACAGGCACGCCGUGCGUGGCACCGUGCCUGGAAGGCAGUAUCGCCCGAAGAAAAUUUGGCCAGGCACGGCCGCAGGCACGCCGUGCCUGGCACCGUGCCUGGGAGGCAGUGGUGAGCAGGAAGAAUCCGAGGCACGCACGGCCGUGCGUGCCACCCAGGCACGCCGUGCGUAGGCCCCAGAACCCGAAAAUCGAAUUUUUUCCGCUCCGUUCUUCUACGUUUGGACCCCCGAUUGAUUCCAAACAUUAGUAUGAACCUAAUAACCUCCUAAUGAUGUGUAAAAACAUUAGAAAAGGUAUCCCACAUGGUGUAUAAAUGUAGGAACAUUAAAGAUCAAUGGUAGGUAUGCGAGGAUCCUCAUCGAUAUCGGGGCACAACGCUCAUUUGUGAGUGAGGCGUUCGCCGAGGGCCUUGACGUGCCAUUGACACCUAUGAUGCAAACGUUGCUAGUCUCCACACCGUUAGGAGACGAUGUGGAGAGAAAUCAUUACUAUCCAUCAUGUGAGGUGGAAGUGACGGGUCAACCCUUGACGUGUGAUUUCGUACCGCUGAGUAUGAUGGAGUUCGAUGCAAUCCUAGGGAUGGAUUGGCUAGAAAAGCAUCAUGCUAGGGUAGAUUGCUACACAAAGGUCUUGGGACUCGAAGGCAAUGAUGGGGAUACCCUACGCUUCGAGGGGGACCGAGGCAACUCAAACAGCGGUAUCAUAUCCGCUGUGAGAGCGAGAAGUAUGAUGAGAAAGGGAUGCCACGCUUAUCUAGCAUACGUGGUUGACAAGACCAAGGAGGAAACGAACAUCGACGACGUGAGGGUGGUUUGUAAGUACCCGAAUGUCUUCCCAAAGGACCUGCCGGGGCUUCCACCUGAUAGGGAGAUUGAAUUUGUGAUCGAGGUCGAGCCCGGCACCAAACCAAUCUCCAUACCGCCAUACCGUAUGGCACCCGCUGAACUUAACGAGUUGAAAACCCAAUUGCAAGAGCUUUUGGAUAAUGGCUUCAUUAGACCAAGCCACUCCCCGUGGGGAGCACCGAUUCUUUUUGUGAAAAAGAAAGAUGGGACACUUCGAAUGAGCAUUGACUAUCGUCAACUGAACAAGGUCACAAUCAAGAAUAGGUAUCCUUUGCCUAGGAUCGAUGACUUGUUUGAUCAACUACGAGGAGCAACUGUGUUUUCAAAGAUUGACUUGAGGUCAGGGUACCAUCAAUCGAGGGUUAAGGAAGAUGACAUACCAAAGAGUGCUUUCCGCACAAGGUAUGGGCAUUUUGAGUUCCUUGUUAUGUCGUUUGGGUUAACAAACGCCCCAGCAGCAUUCAUGGACUUGAUGGACCGAGUAUUCCAUAAAUACUUGGAUCGAUUCGUGAUUGUGUUCAUAGAUGACAUUUUGAUUUACUCAAAGAGUAAGGAAGAGCAUGAAGAGCACUUGAUACUCGUUCUCGAGACGCUACGGGAGAAGCAACUUUAUGCCAAAUUUUCUAAAUGUGAAUUUUGGCUAAAGGAAAUUGGCUUUCUCGGGCAUGUGGUUUCGGGAUCGGGAAUUGCUGUUGAUAAUAAGAAGAUAGGGGCCAUUACCGAAUGGGAGAGACCAAAGAACGUCAAGGAAAUUCGUGGUUUCCUUGGGUUAGCAGGCUACUACAGGAAGUUCGUGUAGAAAUUCUCCGUUUUGGCAUCACCAUUGACAAAGCUCACUCGUAAAGGAACUAAGUUUGUAUGGGAUGACAAAUGUGAGAAAGGGUUCAUUGAACUAAAGAAGAGAUUGAUCGAGGCACCGGUACUUGCAUUACCCAAACAGGGUAUGGGGUACGAUGUCUAUAGUGACGCGAACAUCCAAGGGCUUGGAUGGGUGUUGAUGCAGGAGGGGAGGGUAAAUGCCUAUGCUUCAUGAGAGUUGAAGAAGCAUGAGGUGGAUUACCCUACCCAUGAUCUAGAGCUGGGAGCAGUGGUGUUUGCACUGAAAAUUUGGAGACAUUGUCUCUACGGAGAGACAUGUCACAUAUAUACUGAUCAUAAGAGCUUGAAGUACGUGUUUACUCAGAAAGAGUUAAAACAUGAGACAGAGAGGGUGGAUGGAGUUGAUAAAGGACUACCAUCUAGUUAUUGAGUACCAUCCAGGUAAGGCAAACGUUGUAGCAGAUGCCCUCAGUCGAAAGAGUUGUCUGGGGCAUUGUCGACUAGUUUGAGGGCAUUGAGGGGAACUACGCUGUGCAACCAAUCAAGGUCACCGAUAGAAAGGUGAAGAAACUGAGGAGCAAAGAGGUCCCAAUGGUUAAAGUACUUUGGAAGAGCGAUCAGGUCGAAGAAGAGACAUGGGAAACAGAGGCUUUGACGAGAAAGCAGUAUGCUUUCCUAUUCGAGUAGAGCUGUGAAUUUCGGGGACGAAAUUCCUGUUAAGGGGGGGUGAACUUGUGACACCGCACCCGAACGUCCUUGAAAAUUUGAUUUUAAAAUUCAAAGUUUAUGUAUUGGAUUUCUGAUUCCCAAACGAUUGUAAAACGAUUAAUGUUUUACGUAAUUAAUGGUCGAUUAUUGUACUGUUCGAGCUCGUAAAUAAGUAUCGGGCCUGAUUAAUAAAUAAAAGAGCCUAAAAUUAUCUAAAUAGUGAUACAUAACGUUUCAAGACAAGUUGAGGAAGGGCGGGCGGCCCAGAUAUUAUUUUGGGCUCAACCCGCUAAAAUAGCAAGUAUUCGAGAAUGGCGUCGUAGGCCCACUCGGGGGCGACCCACACGGCUUGUAGCCCAAUAAUAUGAAUGACAAAUGUCAAAAUAAGUGAUAGGAUGAUUUGAGAUGAAUACAAAUGCCUAUGAUCCCAUCUUUGACAUUAUUGAGCUAAAUAAUGGGAGUAAGAUUUUCCUUCUAUAAUGUCCAUCAAGUAAAUUAUUGAGAUGAGCCUACACAUAUUGGAGAUCAAUAAUGUGAUGUAGGAAGUUGACUUGUUCUAAAUAAAUUAGGAUGAGUACAAAAAGACAUCUUUGACAAAAGAUAAAACAAUAGAACCCAUCUUCCCAUUUUUGGAAGUAUUGAUAGAUAUUUUGGACCCCAAAAUAAUUGGGAUCAAUGGGGAACCACUCCACAUGAUAUUAGUACCUGCAAGACAAAUAAAAAUGGGUGAGAAGACUUACCUUGGCCGACCACCAUGGAGAGGAGCUGUACAAGACUUGAUAGGAAUCAAAUGUUGGGCCACCAUCUCCAUUUUUCGCACAAAAUGGUGUGCUGUUUGUCUCCACUCAUUAUGGGAGUUAUACUCGACCAAACAACGUGUAUAAGGUGUCCUUGGAUAGCCUUUGAAGUCUAUUUUCAUAAUUGAGUGGUCUCUGUUCGAGAGGAGAGAGUAAUAAUCCAGAAAUCGAUCUGGAGCGAGCAGUGGUCUGUAAACUCGAGCUCUGAGAGUGCUGAAGCUGUUUGGUGGAUAUCUCGAGUUAUACCAAUCCAAUUAAGGCGUGUGAGAUACCAAAAGAAAGCUCUCAAGACGAGGAAUCCGUGAAGGUCUGGUUUGCAUCAAUCGGAGUAGUGGAAGGCUUCCAAAUCGUCCGAGAAAAACACAACCUCGCAGAAACGGAUCUACUCUUCUAAAGAAACGUGUUCACCGGAAAACACCCAUUCUAGGGGCUGUUUUCGUACCAACGUUUAGGGGUUGAGCUAGCGCUUUGAAGAGGCUGUUUAACACCCAUAUUUGAGCAAGGAAUCAGUUCCAAAUCCACCUUGACCAAAGUCUUGACCAUUGGACCAAGAAGGGAUAGUUUAAAGCUCAAUUGAGGUGAGGAUGACCGACUAUAUUGCUUAUAAUCCUUGGGUUAAUUUCAUAAGAUUACCUAAGAUAAUUAAAUGUGAUUUUCAUGGAUUAUUAAUGAUUAAUAAUGCCUAAUGAAAAUAUUGUUGUUUAUUAAUAGAAGAUGCAUAAUAUACAAUUUUAUGAGUAAAUGGUGUAUAGUUAUGCAUUGUAAGAAUGAUGAUAUGAUGAAUGUAUAAAUCAUGAAUUUUUGUGAUGAAAUAUACUUUUACUUCAUGUAUAGAAAUCAUGAAUGGAUAAAAGUGAUAUUUUGAUAUUGAGAUUAAAUCAUAUAUGGAUUUGGAAAUUCAUGGGAAUGAGCCCUAUAACUAUGAAUUAAAGAGCUUGGUGGCUUGAAGACAAAUGGAUUAGUAUCGAUUUUACUAGUCGGAAAUGUUAGUGUGAAAGGUGAUAGAACAAAUCCUAAGGGCUUGAAUUGUGAGAGGGGUACACCUUAAGUAGUCUUAUGAGAUGUCUUAAGGUAGAAAUGGGUAAACGCUAAGUUACCGUAGGAGUAGGCCUCAAAGGCUACUCAGAAUAGAGGAACUCUAGGCAUAGAACUUGCUUAGUGAACUAGUAUCGUGACUAGAGGAAGCCUCUAGCACGAUGAAGAAUGACUGGAGGAAGCCUCCAGCAUUCGUGUAGGACGACUAGAGGAAGCCUCUAGCGUAACGUAAUGUGACUAGAGGAAGCCUCUAGCACGAUGAAGAAUGACUGGAGGAAGCCUCCAGCAUUCGUGUAGGACGACUAGAGGAAGCCUCUAGCGUAACGUAAUGUGACUGGAGGAAGCCUCCAGCACAACGUAUGUAAGGUGAUUAGAGGAAGCCUCUAACACCAAGUGGAGUGACUAGAGUCAGCCUCUAGCACGACAAAACAUGACUAGAGGAAGCCUCUAGCAUGGUAAACUAAUAUAGAUGGGUGUGGCUUGAAGUCACGGGGAAAGGGUUAGUGUUUUCAAAGUAAACAUGGGCCUUCGGGCGACUACUUGACUUUAUAUAUAAAGUAAGUAUACUUUCAAAGAGGGUAACCACGGGUUAUGACCUAUAAUGUAAUAACAUCCUAGAUUGAGGGUCUUGGAAAUUGAAACUUUGAUUAUACUUAGUAUAGUUGUCAUUGUACUUGUCAAAUGCUUCCAAGUACUGACCUCCCCUUCACGGGGGAGGCCACCUCACAGUUUCAGGUAGAACUUGAAGGUUGCUACCACUGCCCGUUGCUUCGGGAAGAUCAAAGGAGGGAGACGUGGUUCGUGCUUCUUCCGUUCCUGUUUUGAAAACAUUUUAAAUGAUGCUCAUGGAUAUUAUUUUUUUUUAAAUAUUUAUUUGGGGGCUUGUAUGCCCAUGUUUGCCAAGGUGUGGCAUGAACACUUGUAUUGAAUGUUUCCGCUGCUUUAAAUGAAUAUUUUACAUUAUGUUUGUUUAUGGAUGUACUAUGUGUGAACGAUAUUCCAG